AUGACUACAUCGAAUAGUCAGUCCAAACAAUUUGAAACAGUACCUUCUAUAGUCGACUUAUUAUAUUCCGCUAAGAAACUAUUGAAUUUACAACCAAGAAUUGAUAAUUUGCACCUACGUCGAUCGAAUUCAAGAACUCAAUUAGUCAUGCAAUCUCAGGCCCUUAGUAUGAACAAUCGUAACACUGCCAGCAAUGGUAAGGAUGACAAUCAAAGCUUUUCAAUUUCCCCAGUAAACAAUCAAGCCUUAGGUGCCACACAUGAUAAAGUAUUGGAUUUACUAUCGCCAUUGUCAAUAGAUGACUUAAAGAAUAACACCAUUACCACUACAACUACAACAACGACGUCGUAUCACCAGAAUAAACUGAAUCAACGUUUGAAUGGUAAUGUCAAUACCAACCCUACCCAUAACACUGGUAAUAAUAGUGAUACUCGAUCCACACUUUUCAAACCCAGAUCUCCACAUUCUGAAAACACAUCUCCCAAGAAUAUCUUGUCGUCGUCAUCAUCAUCAGCAACAACAACAGUAGUUGCUGUACCAAAAGUGAACAACCUCAAUCAUAAUACUACUACCAAUAAUGAUGGAGGUAAUUCAGAAUUCAAAUCGUCCAAUUCUUCAUUGCCACUGAAAAAAGUUACCAAAUGCUACAACUGUAACACCACGGCGACACCACUUUGGAGAAGAGAUGCCGAAGGUAAUACUUUGUGUAACGCUUGUGGACUAUUUCUCAAACUACAUGGAACUUGUCGUCCACUUUCAUUGAAGUCAGAUGUAAUCAAGAAAAGAAAUUCCAGAAAAACAAGUACAUCUUCAAAAGUGGGAACGUCGACAAAUCAAUUUAUAAAUACUUCGGUCAGAGGGAACGAUGUAAGAAUGAAACAAACGCCAAUAGCCAUAGCUGCAACUUCAUCUUCCACUUCAUUAUCUGGUAGUGGGGGUGUCAGUGGUGCCAAUUCACUUCCUUCGAGUCAACGAUUCAAAAAUGUAUUAAUAUUACCUAAGCCUCCUAGUGGAACAAAUUUAACUGGUUCAGCAAGAACAAAAUCAAUACCUAUUCCAGCGAAUAAUGCACCUUCUCCUGAUGGGCCUUUUUCUCCUUCGCUAAAAAGAAAGAAAUCUGAAGUUGAUGUAGGCCCACGGACUCCAACAUCUUUGUCGGCAUCGGCAUCGGCAUCUUUUUCCAUGCGUAAUAGAGUACCAUCGUCUUCAUCAUUAACUGGUACUUCAUUCACCAAUUCAAUAAAGAGGAAUAAUUCAUUUUCCAAUAGAAAAUCGUCACUUACGAGUUUGAUGCAGAGAAAAAAUACUCUUGGAACAACACCAACAACUACAAAUUCAUUAACAUCAUCGAAUAUCAAUAUUUUGAACCAACGUUUCCCACAGCCAACUUAUUUUGAAAAUUUUGGUAAUAAUAACAGUGGACCACAAUCUCCUGCAAUCUCGCGUCAUAACAGCACAACCACUUUGAUGAAUUCUAAUCAAGUCAUACUAGAGAAUGUGAACACCCCGGGUUCUUAUAAUUCAACCAACUCAUUUCCUUCCUAUGUUCCACACGAGACUCCUAAUUCAAUUCCUGAAACUCCACUAAAUGUUAACGAUUUACUACCUUCUUCAUUCAACAGAAGGUCAAGUCAAAUGUCUACCAGACAAGAAAGAGUCUUAGAAGAAUAUCGUGCUAGUAAACCACCAGCUAUGCCACAUAAAGGUAUUGACGACGAGAUGAUGAUAAUGGAUGCAUUGAAUGAUUUCCCAGGUUUAGAAGCAAUUGACAUGGGUAAUCCUAAUGGUAUGUCCACUGACAAUUAUAACAAUGAAUACAAUGAUCUUUUUAGAAAAUUUACAAGUUUAGAGAAUGAUCCGUUUGUUGAUCAAACUGCAAAUUCUAAUCAAAAUAACAAUUACGGGUUCCAACAAAUACCAACAGGAAACAAUUUUUACAAGGUUGGCAAUAACGGCAAUAUUGGCAGUGCUAACAAAAACAACAGUAGCAAUGUCAGUAAUAAUUCAGGGGAUUAUAAGGAUUUGGAUUGGUUGAAGUUUGACAUUUGA